AUCUCACUGUCUCUCGGCCGUCUUUCUCUGGUCUUCUUCUUCGCAGUACGAUGGAGCCCUCUGCCUCUGGUGUUUUCUGCAGCCGGGUGCUCAGCAUGGUGAACUCGGAAGAUGUGAACGCCAUCAUCCUGGCUCAGAAGAAUAUGCUUGACCGGUUUGAGAAGACCAAUGAGAUGCUGCUGAACUUCAACAACCUGUCCUGCAUGCGAAUGCAGCAGAUGAACGAGCGCUUCCUCCACCAUACCCGGACGCUGGUGGAGAUGAAGAAAGACCUGGACAGCAUUUUCCGGAGAAUCAGGACACUGAAAGGGAAACUAGCAAAACAGUAUCCAGAGGCCUUUAGCAAUAUCCACGAAUCCCCCAUCCUGGAAGACGACGACUUCGACCCCAUCCCCAAGAGCACCACGACGACCAUCGCUACCUCAGAGCAGAGCACUGAAUCUUGCGACACCAGCCCGGAUAUCAUCUCCCCCACUACGAGCCAUGACUUCGAAGACCUCUCCCAGGGCCCCUACGAUUCGCCGGCAGUGAACGGACAGAGCGUCACAGACGACGACGGCAACGAGUCAGACUAGCCUGCCGGGCAAGGCCUGCGCGCGACAGGCUUUCCCUUCCCUCUGCCGUCAGGACCACACGUUGGAGACCCUUUCCCUUUAUCUCUGUAUCUCUGUGUUGUCUUGCCCAGUUAUUUCUGUGUCCCCGGAGAGAGGAGCCAGAGCGGGCACAGGGGCUUAUGCAUGAACUGUCAUUUACCCUUAUGGCACCGAUCCCUCACUUGCCAAAUAAGUUAAACGUGGAGCGGGUUUGUACAUUCGUAGGACCCAAAUAGCUGGAAUGGGCCCAGCUGCAUCGCCCGCUGCUUGCACAAAGGAGCGCCUGCUGGGUUUGGGCCACGCUGCGUUCCCCUUACGGGGAUUCAUUUAGGCUACCUUGCAGACCGGCAACGAAGUACGCAGCCUGCCCCUCUCCCAUUUGCUGUACUCCGGUCUGCCCUUGGGCAAAAUGUACAAAGCCGGCUUCUCCAAGCUGCAGCCCGUAGCUGGAGAGCGGAAGGGCACUCAAGGAAACGGUUAGGAAGGUGAGCAGGUGAGGACGGACAGCUUUCUCCAGUCAUGCGUACGUCCCCCUGGCGUGGCCUCUCUGCUAGCUUUGGUCUCUCCCCGGAGUCCAGUUCAUCGGAAGCAGUCGCUGCCCAGGUCUCCUUCUCUACAAGCCACGUUCACACAUGGGUCCUGUUCAGAUACGGGGCUCACGUGGGCAGUUCCCGGUAGAUUGCUGCAACGGUUAUUUCCAAAGACCUCUGUUGCUUUAGUUGAGGCGUGGUCCCCCAUUUCCCUACCGGCCUGCUUAUCUCAACAGGGCAUAAGGGCUCCGUCAUCUCUACCGCCGCUCCCUCUAAUUCAGUGUAAAGAUAUAUGUGUCCGCUCCUGGCCUCUAGCGAUGCACGUUAAUAGCUUAAAAAGGGGCCCCUGUGCAUCGAACUAUCCACCUUGCAGGAAUCUUAACUACUACUCGUCACGUUUAACAAUCAGAUCGCUUUCUGUCCUCUUAAGCCCCAUUUAACAGUCCCUGCCUUCUGUUACAGCACCACAAAGUUCAUACACGCUCUUUGCCUGGGGUUUAGUCUCCACACACACACAUACACCCCUGGAGUUGCCAAGUCCCCCCCCCCCCCAGCCUCUGGCAGGGGACUUGUUUCACACGCGCCGGCUGCUCUAGGCGUUUCCAGGAAAACUCUAUGGUUUUCUCAGACACUCUAGCAUUUUGGGAGGGAAAAACUCUAUAGUGCCUAUUGUACCAUAGAGUUUUCCCUCCCAAAUUGCUAGAGCAUCCGGGAAAACCAUAGAGCUUUCCCAGAAAAGCCUAGAGCGUGACGUCACCGGCACGAUGACUUCACUCGCAAGUAACGUCAUUGCGCCAGCAGGUUGGGAACCUCCCAGGUGGGAUAGCCCCCGCCCGAACCGGGGCUUGGCAGGCGUAUACACCCCCCACCCUCCGUGGCACCACUGUCUGUAUUAAAAGUUCCUUUGCCAGACUUUGGCACAGGAACGGCGACGUUUUGUGCGCAGAGAGGGUGAUGCGCGGACACCCUCCUCCUCCCCCCCCCCCGACGCGAUCUCACGAGAUGCAAAAAUCUAUAGAAAGAAAUAUUUUUGUACGGCUUCGAGUUUACAGAGACUAAUAAAGAGGCGAUAACCAA